UUGUUAUUCACAGAGAAACUCAAAGUGCUAAAUAGAACAGACAACAUAAAGAAAAUAAUAAAUGCUACUUUUUGAAAGCACGUGUUGAUACCUUUUUGCCACUAAAAAGCCCAUUUCUGGAUACUUGUGAUAAAAGGCUUUAUUUCCCUGUCAAAUAAAUUAACUAACACUGACUCAGCUGUUGUCAUAUGAAGGCUAUUAUUGAUAUUUUUCUAAUACUUCAGAUAGCAUAUUGGUUCAUGUUUUACCCCCCAAAAAGUUUUUUGUCUGUUAUUGAAUGUUUUUUAAGUCCGUGAACAGUAAGAAUUUCUGUAACAGUUUCAUUAAACUCAAAGCUUUAAGCACGAGGUGACGCUGUAACCAUGGUAACAGUACAUUUCAGCCUAUGCGGGCCGGACUGGUAGAUAAAACAAGUGUGUGCGUAAUGACAUCGAUACAGGAAGAAAUCUUUAAAUAUGUGUUGUCUGGGGACUUGGAGUCGAUUAAGCAGUGUUUUGAACGUGAGACUGUUACAGAAGAGUCGCAGGAAGAAUUUGACUUAUUCGGAAAGAAGGACGAGGCUGGGAGAAAUGCUCUGUUAGCUGCCUCCAUGCUGGGCAGCAGCGCCAUCGUCUCUGAACUGCUCAAUAACGGAGCUCAGGUCAAUGAGCAGACUGUCAGAGGUUAUUCAUCACUGCACCUUGCUGCUUGUUGGGGUCACCUGGAGACAGUGAGGACUCUGCUUGAACAGGGAGCAGAUACACAGGCCAAGACCUUCAGAGGGGAGAGACCUGUAGACCUGGCCAAGAGAUACUCCAAGACAGACUGUGCUGACUGUCUCAUCCUGGCAGAGGCUGAAAAGGGCUUGAUGUCAUUUGUAGCCUUUGUUAAAGACAUGAUUUCUGAUCCAGAGAGGAGCCUCACAAAGGAGGAAAAGAACAUCUGUACACGAACAUGCUCUGCUAAGUCUGAAUGGAUCCAAAGUGUCAAAAACGCAACAGUCUCAGAUUUCAUGGCCCAAAGGAAAGACAUGGAGGACACUCUGCAGCCUAUUCUCAGCAAACUAUCAGCUCAGUCAGCAGGAAAGAUCUAAGAAGACAGAGGAAGAUCUACUAUAUGUGUAAAAUUGUUCUCUGACUAAUUAUUUGGACAUCAAAAUGUAUAUGUUAAGUGUUUUAAAAGGUUUAAAAUACUGCUCAAUCACAGCACACAACCAGUGUUUCCCAUUUUAAUAUUUUACUAGAGUUUGACUAACAUGAUAUUUAGUUUCAAUAAUACUCUGACACUGUUGUCCCCUGCAACUAAUUAUUAUAACUUAAUUUACAUUGCACCUUUCUUAAUUAAAAAAAUGCAAAGUACAGUACACUAGCAAGCACAAAAGACAUUAUAAAGACAAUAUAGAUGAGUUUGAAUGAAUCACAUUUUCCUAAUAGAACAUCUUAAAGGUUCAGUUCACACAAAUUUUAAAGAACAUUUUAGUACUCGGCUCUAAUAAAGCAGUACUAGCCCAGCAGAUAGUUUUUGCUUUAUUUGUCAAGGUUUUGAAAUCUGCUGCUGCUGACACCAUCGUAACGCAAUAAUUGCUCACUGCUUUCAGUUGUAGUGCUCACACUGUUGAAAAUAUGUCUUUCCAGAAAUAAUGUGGGCUUUACUCAGGAUAAUCCAGGAUAACUGACAUGCUGAAUAAAAGUGUUGAUGUUCUUUUUUUUUCUUUUUAAUCAAUGUAAUUAAAACGGUAAUAAUAAAAAAAACAUGGCCAAAUA